GCAAAUCAACUUCAACAAGAAUCUUUUGAUCCUUAUUCUCUCUCACACACUUGCUGAAAAAGCUCCAAGGCAGCUAUGAGUCUCUCAGCGACAGACAAGGCCCGGGUGAAGGACUUCUGGGAAAAAGUUACCCCUAAAUCCGCCGAAAUUGGCGCUGAAGCUCUGGCCAGGAUGCUGGUUGCCUACCCGCAGACCAAGACCUACUUUUCCCAGUGGGGGGAUCUGACUCCUCAAAACGCACAAGUGAGGAAACAUGGCGGAGUCAUCAUGGCAUCCGUGGGCAAAGCUGUCAAAGGCAUCAAUGAUCUCACCGGUACCCUGAGCGCCCUCAGUGAGCUGCAUGCCUUCAAGCUCCGCGUGGAUCCCGCCAACUUUAAGAUCCUGGCCCACAACCUCAUCUUAUGUUUGGCCAUGUACUUCCCUGGAGACUUCACUCCGGAGGUCCAUGUCUCCGUCGACAAGUUCCUGCAGAACGUGGCCUGGGCUCUGUCCGAGAAAUACCGCUAAACUCCAGCAACGCGGGAGCGUCGACGUGUCAUCCAACAGUGUCAACAACCCUGUCCAUACGCAGGUGCUUGUUCAAUAAAGACAAAACUAAAGAUG